GACCGCCCUAUAACAGAUAUAUUGCUACAGGGCGGCACCUGUGUGCAGGAUCACGUAUAUAUACGUCAUUCUGCAUUUUUGGGUAGGGGGCGUGCUGCCAAUUGCGGCCUCUGAUGUCAAUCACCGGGUCCUGGCCGGUAAUUACCUGCCAGCUCCCGGUGAUUAUCGAGCAUCUCUGAUGGGGAGGAAGAUUGUUUUGUUUACAAACAAUCUUUCUCCCUGUCAGCUCGAGUACACUGCUCAGGAUGGCUAUGCACAGUACAGCCAUCCCGGUCAGUGUGCUUACAGUGAAGAACACCCCCUCCCGCCCCCUAGUAAAACACUCCCAGCACACGGUUAACCCUUUGAUCACCCCUCACAUUAACCCCUUCCUGCCC